GGUUCAUAUGGUGGCUAUGCAGCACUGGUUGGGAUGACAUUCACACCGGAUGUGUUUGCCUGCGGUGUUGAUAGUUGUGGUCCAAGUAAUCUGAUAACAUUUCUUGGAACAAUUCCACCGUAUUGGAUGGGUGGCUACAAGGAACUUGUAACAUGGCUUGGCGCUGAUAAGGUCACUCCUGAAGGUAGAGCUUUUCUACGAAGUCGCUCUCCAUUGUUCUUCGCUGAUCGCAUCAAGAAACCACUCAUCAUUCUGCAAGGAGCAAACGAUCCACGAGUUAAACAAAACGAAUCUGGUACGUUGGUAUUUGAAAAAUCUGACAUUCGGAUCUCAAAAAAUCUUUUUUUGCUGAAGAAUAGUCGAUGA